GCGGAGGCCGCCAGCCUGCCGCCCCACCGGCUGCCGCCGUGCUCGACGACCAGCAGCUGGAGUGCGGGGUCGCCAUGGAGGACGAGAAGUUUUCGCAGCUCGCGUCCGUCCUCGGCCAGUCCCUGCGCGACAGGAUCGUGCAUCGGCGCCGCCUGCGCGCCGCUGGCAUGGAAGACCCCCGCGACAAGGACCUGCCGCAGCCCGCGGUCAAGGCCCAGCGCGUGGUCCUCCAGGCGACCCAGCGCCUCGAACGGGCUCAGCAAGCUGCUCAAGAAGCGGCGGACGAGCUCGAGGAGGCCGAGGCGCAGCUUGUCGCGGCUCGGGGCGACCUGGACCAGACGAAGCAGGACGCAGCCUCGGACACCGCGGGCGGGGACCCAGGGGGACCUCCCGUCCCAGCGUCGACGUGGGACGACCUCGGGAACUUGGCGGGCCUCGCCAACCAACUCGUGGCCACCUACGAGGACCAGCUGGCACAGCUGGCGGCGUGCAACAAGCCGCUCGACUCGGGGCUCGCAGUGGCGCAGCAGGCCAAGGAGGCGCUGCAGAAGUUCACCGCCGCGCUGCCCGCCGCGCCUCCCGUGCAGGCUGCUGUGGCUGCUCCUGGACGCGACACCGCGGUGCGGCUUCGUGGCAAGGCGGCGGCUGCAGAGCGGCUGCGGCGCGACGUCAGGUUCCUGGAGGGGUACGGAGCUGGCUUUGACGUCGUCGGUUUCUGCGAGACCCAUGCGUCACCUGCUGCCGCCGAGCAGCAGCAGAUCGAGUUCCAGAAAGGCAAGUGGAAGGUCGCAGUCACGCCUGGCAUCCCUUCAGGUCGGUCCCUGGACGGCGUCACAGGCGGCGAGAUGCUUACGAUCAAGAAGACAUUGGCCGCCACCACGUUUGAGGGGCACCGACGCGCGUGCAUUGCGGCUGGACCCCUUCGUGUUCUCGGCGACUGGGACGUCGAGCCGACCGACUGGGGCGAGACGGAGUGGUUGCAGCGGAUCGGGGCCGCCGUCGUGGCGCCAGAGAACGUUCGCACGACUUGUGACAAGGGCAAGGGCAAGCUGUGCGACUACGUGCUUGCCUCGUCAGGGUACGCCGAGCAUGUCAAGGUGAUGGCUGAGCCCAACGUGCCGUGGCGCACGCACUGCGGGCUCAUCAUCGAGCUCACGGCCAGCAAUCGCCGCUGGUACCACCAGGCGCUGGUGCUGCCCUCGGCCCUGCCUCUCCGCGGCCCGCCGAAGGUCGCAGCGGGCCCCAGCAGCCGCAGGCAGCGGAAGCUCGCAGCGCAGGCUUGCAAGCGCCCCGAGGCGCAGCCAGAGGAGCUGCGGGGGUCCCGCGACGCGCUCCCCGGGGAGGCCGACGGGAUCGGCGGGCCGAUUGCUGCGGACGGCCUCGGGCAUGCCCUGCGCCCGCUGCCCGACUACACGGCCCCGUGGACUGGGGGGUGGCGCAGCGCUGGAGGCGGCGCCUGGAGUGCUGCCCAGUGCUGCAGAGACGCGCUCUCCGCGGCCACCGCCCCUGCGGCAGCACGGCGCACGUCCAUGGACUACGACGAGGGCCCCAUGAACGCGCUUGCUGACGAGUACGACGAAGGCGUUGCGGAGCUUCCUGUGCACGAUCUAGCCCCUUGCAGCAGCCCAGCGUCGGCUGCGAAGUCAGCGGCGCCGCCCGACACAGAGCCUCCCGAUCGAGAUGGCGGCGCGCCAGCUGACAUCGAGUAUUUAGUGAGCGCCGAGACAUGGUCCAGGUGCGCUGCUGCCUUGCAGGCUCGGAAGCCUAGCAGCCAGCGGCCCGCCGACCAGGGCCACUUCCUGUUCGCGCGAGUGCCGCUCUCCACCGACCACGUCUCGCAGUUGCACGCGCAGUGGGUCGGCACCCUUGAGGAGGCGCUGAUCCAGACGGAGCAGGUGGUCGGUCGCAGUGCGGACACCAUGCGAGGGCGUGGUCAAGGUUAUCGGAUCGAGAAGCGGAGGAUGAAGAGCACCCCUGGCCGCGCCCACCUGCUCGACCCAGUGUUGGAGGGUUGGCAGACGCUGAGCACCCCGUUGGUCCGCCUCGUCGCGCUGAUGACCAACGGCCUCCACCGCGCCCGCCUCGGGUACGUCCGCUGGGCCAACGAGGCGCGGCAGCGGAGGCCAGGCGUCGUCCGCCGACGCGUCAGGGAGCCCGCGGCCGAGCAGCUGGAGACCUACGGCCUCGCCAGGGACGCCGAGGGGGACAUUGCGGCGAGGUCCAUCGCCCAGCCCGACACCAUCCCGGAGCAGAAGACCCUGUUCUGGGAGAGGGCGUGGAAGGACCCGACGCACAACGAGGCCGACCUUGCCGAGGCCCUCAUCGCCACUCUCCGACGCGCUGCUGAUGAGUGCCUGGAUCCGAUCACUCCCGACCAGGUGCGCGCGGCCAUGCGCCGCAUGAGCUCGGGCAGGGCGCGCGGCAUCGACAACGUGGGCCCCGCUGACCUGCAGCGAAUGCCCGAG